UCCAACAUCUCAGACGACUUAUUAGGGCUAUAUUCGUAAAAAUAUCUUCUGUUUUUUUUGUUUGGUCACAAGGGGCUAAGCUGUAAUUUCACAAGGCUUUUAGGUUUGUUUUGCAUUUGAUUCAAGUUUGGGUAUAGGUUUGGGGUUAAAAUCAAGUUGUGGGUUAGUUUUGGCAAAAAUCCCAACUAUUAAAGGUACAUAAACUAAUUAAAGUACGUAAGUAAGUUAACUUUAAUGUAACCAUGAAAAAUAUUAUUUUGUUAAUUAUAAGCUGCAAAAAAUAAAAUUGAAUAAUGAUGAUGUGUUUGAAUAAUGUUUUAAAAUAAUUUUUUUCUGUUCGAGGAUCCCUUUUGAAGGAAUAAAUAUAUAUUUUACUAUUUAGUUAACCAAAAAUUUUGUGAAUGUACAUAAACUUUUUUUCCAUAAAUUAGUUGGUUAACUGAAAUAAUAGAAGUAUGUAAACUAAUAAAGAUACGUAAGUUAGUUAACUGAAAGUUUAUUUAUGUAUAUAAAUUAUUUGUUAUAUAUUAAUGUAAUUAAUUUUACAUCAACCAAAAUAAGUUAAAAAGUUAAUCAUAAACUGCAUGUAAUAAAGUUGAAUAUUAGUAUUUAUUUGAAAUAUGUUUUAAUAAAAAAAUUGUUCUGUUUGCGAUUUAAAAAAAAAAAUUUUUGUGUUGCAAACUUAAUAAAUAUAUGUUGUGAAUAUUUUAAUUAUAUAUAUACAUUAUAUUUUAUUUUAUUAUUUUUUAUUAAAAAUAUGAUUAAUUAUGAAACUCUAAUAUAUGACUAAUAUUUGAAUCAUUUUUAAAAUCCAGAUAUGUUAGGAAGACGUCAUGGAAACCCAAAUCCUGUAGGACAAAGAAAUUUAAAUGUUCAUAACGAAACUUCUUCACGAGUAAGAAAUCUGAUUUUAUAUUUAUUGCAUCUAUUUUAAUUACAUAGUAUUAGUCAAAUUGGGGGACACCAAACGCUCAACCAUGGGGUGUACCUCCAAAUGGUCCAAGUUGAAACACAUCUCCAAAUGCUCAACAAUGGAGUACGCCACCAUAUCCUCAACAAUGAAACAUUCCACAUAAUUUUCAUCAUGGUCAGCAACCAUCAAAUUUUCAGCAAGCCGGCUCUUCCGGAACAACACCAACAAAUGUUCACUACGGAUUUACAGUUGGAAAUCAAGGUGGAAGUCCACUGAAUACUCAACAAAAUUAUUCGGAAGGUGCAAGAAUAGAUUCUUCACUAAAGGUCCACUAAUCACCAUCAACUAGUAUCGGUUUCAAUAAUUAUUUUGAAACAGGAAGCACAUCACAAAGACCGAGACGUGGAGGUCUAUUCAAUAUUUGGAGAACUACAGAAGAACCUAAUGAAGAGAAUCAAAGUGGUUCAGGAGACGAAGAGUAGCGAUCUGAUUGUCAUGUUUGUACAUUAUGAUAUAAUGUUAUUAUUUUUGUUGUGUGUUAUAGGUUUUCAUCUGUUUUAUACUACUUUUAUAUUAUUUUUGUGUGUUAAUGGAUUGUCAUAUUCUAAUGUUCUAAAAUAUUUAUAUAUUAUUUUGGUGUGUUAAUGCAUUAUUACUAUUUUUAUAUAUCUAAUAAAAUAAAUUUUAUGUUUAUUAAUUUGCAGGCAUUUCGAAUCUGUCAAUUGCGUUCACAAAACAUCCAGACACUAUCUUACGAAGAGAGAAUUGAGUUGUGGAAUUUAGAAAAUGAGCAAUUUGAGGAGUUAAUAAUUCAACCAACUUUGAGUUAUUAUGAUCGAUAUUUUAAUAGAGCACCCGCCCGGACAGACAGAGGUUUAGCGUGGAGAAAUAUGUGGUCUCGACUUCAAGAAGAUGAUGCUGCUUGUCUUCAACUCCUACGAAUGUCACUACCAUGUUUCCGAACACUAUGUAACAUACUACAAACGAAUUAUGGUGUGAAACCAACUUCAAAUGUAAGCAUUGAAGAAAGUGUGGCUAUAUUUUUGCGUAUAUGCGGGCACAAUGAAGUUCAAAGAGAUGUUGGGUUGAGAUUUAGACGAAACCAAAAGACUGUGAAAAGAAAAUUUAAAGUUCUUAAAGCGACGGAAUUACUUGCAUGCGAUUAUAUCAGAACUCCAACAAGACAAGAACUAUACCGAAUUCCUGAAAGACUUCAAGUACAUCCAAAUUAUUAUCCAUUUUUUAGUGGAUUUGUUGGAGCUAUGGAUGGGACUCAUGUUUGCGUAAAAGUACUACUAGAAUUACAAGGAAUGUAUUGGAAUCGACACGAUAAUGCAUCGUUGAAUAUUAUGGCAAUUUGUGAUCUGAAUAUGCUAUUCACAUAUAUAUGGAAUGGAGCACCGGGAUCUUGUCAUGAUACAGCCGUUCUCACAAUGGCACAAGAAAGCGAUCCUGAAUUUCCUUUGCCUCCAAUGGAAAAGUAUUAUGUCGUUGACUCGGGUUAUCCAAACAGGCAAGGAUUUUUGGCUCCAUAUAAGUCAUCACGAAACAACGUUGUCAGAUAUCAUAUGUCACAGUUCAACUAUGGUCCUGCUCCACGGACUAAAGAAGAAUUAUUUAAUCGAUAUCAUGCGUCUCUACGUUCAGUUAUCGAGAGAACUUUUAGAGUUUGGAAGAAAAAAUGGAGGAUUCUUUGUGAUUUUCCAAGAUAUAGUAUUAACAUACAUCAGAGAGUGAUCAUGGCUACAAUGGGAUUGUAUAAUUUUAUUAAGAUUUCAAACUUUUCAGAUGCAGAUUUUGCUGAAGUUAUGACAGAAACAGGAGGAUUCAACACACAAGCAGAGACUGAUUUUUAUACCGAUUUAGAAGAUGUGGGAACAAUUGAAGUGACAUAUGGAGGACAUAUGACGCAAAUAAGAGAUAAUAUUGUAAAUAUGCUAUGGGAAAAUCAAUAAAAUAAACUUAUUUUCUGAUUGUAAUUUAUUUGUACUUUAUAAAAAAUGUAAAAUACUUUUUUUGUCAAAUAGAAUUUUAUUUUAUAUAUUCGGUACUAUUUAGUUUAUAAACACCAUUCAAGCAUUUUGAUAUAAACUUGUACGUUUUCUAUUU